AUGUACAUCAACUGGCCUCACUACUACAUCCCGAAAUUCAAUGGACUCUGCUCUUUUCUUGUGAAUCCAAUUUUCAUAUUCAUCAUUUUCGCAGAUAAAAGACUUCAACUUGGAAACUAUCGAUGCUUGCUAUUGUACUUUGCCAUUUUCAACAUGAUUUGCUCCGCCUGUGACAUUCUGGUGCCAGUGUGUGUUCAUGAUCACCGUUAUGCGUUCUCUGUGUUCACUUCUGAUGGGUUAUUCGAGAAAAGAAUCUGUAAUAACGUGACCGCUUACAGCAAUAAGUUUCUUGCUAAAUAUUUCCUACCGUACGGAAUGAUUGCAUCUAUUGUGUAUUGUCUGUUUCAUAUGGUUUAUUGGAUUGUGGCGUGUUUCUAUUUUAUUGGUGCGGAUCGAGAACGGAAGUUGUACAUGAGAGAGACAAUUCAAGAAGUUUAUGGGUUGGACUCUCUGGAUAUCAACAUGAUUAUCGCCCUUUACAGAGAAGGAAGCUAUGACGCUGUUCAAAAGUCUCUCAUCGGGGUAGUCUCCAUCACAUUUCUUUCCGUAGACUCCGUUAUAAUUUACUUCAUUCUCGGUCUACUUAUCAUGAAACGGCUAGGAAGUAACACUCUAAUCAUGAGCAAGAAGACGAAGAAAUUGCAGGCCCAACUCAUGAAAGCUCUCAUAGUUCAAUCAGUUAUCCCGACUGUUGUCAGUUUUGCACCUUGCAUUUUUUCAUGGUAUCAACCAGUUUUUGGGAUCGAGUUGGGACGAUCGGUCUACCACAGUGCUGCAAUUGCUGUUUCUGCAUUUCCAUUUCUCGAUCCCUUGGCCAUUUUAUUCUUCGUUCCUACUUUCCGACAAAGAUUCAAAGAAGAAAUUAGUAGAAUUCUUCUGUUGAGAAAUUUAACAAAACGUUGUAAUCCAACAGCUGAAACUGUUUCUUCUCGUGUACCCUGA